UCUUCUAUCUCUUUUUUUUAUCAAAUUUUUCUCUUAAUUAUAUUUUUUUUUAAAAACUCCAUCAUAUUUUUAAUUUCAACUCUUAGUCAUAUUUUCUUCUUUUAUCUAUUCUUUUUUUUCUUUAAAAGAAAUGUCGUCCUCAUCGUCAGAUGGCGUAGAUAAAGCUUUUGAAGAAUUUUUUGACGAAGAAUUUGAUAAUAUCGUCGACUCCCUACUUGAUGUACAAGCCAACAAACCAAAAAGACGAGCUUAUAUUGAAAGAGAUCGGGAACAAGGCCACAUUCAACUAUGGAACGACUAUUUCCACGAAAAUCCUACUUACCCACCGGACAUGUUUAGGCGGCGUUUUCGAAUGAACAAGCCCUUGUUCCUACGCAUUGUCAAGCGGCUCAGUACAAGUGUUCCAUACUUUCGGCAAAGACGAAAUGCUCACGGAAGGAAAGGGCUAUCACCACUUCAAAAAUGUACGGCAGCUAUACGUAUGCUCGCAUAUGGUGAAUCGGGAGAUACGUAUGACGAAUAUCUCCGACUUGGUGAAAGUACGGCACUUUUAUGUUUGGAACAUUUCACUAAUGGGAUAAUAGACUUUUUUGGUGAAGAGUAUCUAAGAAGACCUACGGCGGAAGAUCUUCAACAAUUACUCGAUAUUGGAGAGGUACGCGGGUUUCCAGGGAUGAUUGGCAGCAUUGAUUGUAUGCAUUGGGAGUGGAAAAACUGCCCAACGGCUUGGAGAGGGCAGUACACACGAGGUUCAGGAAAGCCGACAAUUGUCUUAGAGGCUGUGGCAUCAGAAGAUCUUUGGAUGUGGCACGCAUUUUUCGGAUUACCAGGUACCCUAAACGAUAUCAAUGUUCUUGAUCGGUCUCCUGUUUUUGAUGACAUUAUACAAGGUCGAGCACCUAAAGUUAAAUUCAAGGUCAACAAUCACACUUACCGUAUGGCGUACUACCUUACUGACGGAAUUUAUCCGAAUUGGUCAACAUUUAUUCAAUCCAUCCCACUUCCUCAAGGUAAUAAAGCAGAGUUGUUUGCUAAACAUCAAGAAUCCACUAGGAAAGAUGUCGAACGGGCUUUCGGGGUAUUGCAAUCGAGGUUUGCAAUAGUAAAAAACCCAGGUCUACUAUGGGACAAGGAAAAGUUAGGGAAGAUUAUGAGAACUUGUGUCAUAUUGCACAAUAUGAUUGUGGAGAACGAACGAGGCGGAUACUCUCUAAGUGAUACUUCUCAGUUCGAGUCAGGAGAGUCAAGCAGAAGUUCGAAGGUCAAAAUGAGAGAAAGUUUGCAUUUGAAUAACAUGCUAGGCAUGCGCAAUGAAGUUCGGGAUUCAGGAAAACAUGAUAGUUUGAAAACUGAUUUAGUUGAAAAUGUAUGGCAAAAAUUUGGUAACAUAGAUGAAUAAUCUUUGUAUGUUCAUCAAUUAUCAAUGUAAUGAAUAAAUUUUAAUUAUAAAAUAUAUUUUAUAAUAUUAUAUUCAUCUUUCCAAAAUAAUUUCAAAACUAAAAAAAAUAUAUAAAUAUAUUAUUUAAUUCUUAUGAACCCCUUCUUCAGGUUCACUACUGCAGAAGCACAAUAGCAAAAAGUUCAAUACUAUUCAUGGCCCCACCAAAAAAGUAUUAAAAAAAUGCUAUGAACCCCAAAGGGGAAUUCACUAAUGUGGAUGCUCUAACUUUCUACACAGGUAUUCUCCUCAAGAGAUGUCUCGAGAAUUCACCUGGAAUCCACACUUACCCGGACAUUAAUUGGUCAAGCUGCAUUUGGCACCACAGGACGCAUCCUUGUCUCUGUAAGAUUUUUAAAAUGAAUCUCAAGAGAUCAUGGUGACUUUGGUCGUGUGUGAUCCUAACUUUAGAUUUUAAAUUACAUUUCAGAUACUUCUUUACGUGGAGUUAUAUGCAAGUACCAAACUCUAGCUCUUUCAUAAUAAUUUAUUUCUUCAUUGACACUUCAAUGUGAUAUAUAUGCCUUGAAUUUCCACGUUUCUUUGCCGUUGCAUGAGCCCUGAAUAGAAGCCCAUCAAGCAUGUGUUUGGUGCCCAACGAAAAUAUUUAUGUUUUGGGGCCAAUAAUAAAAGUACAGAUCAUCUAGCUCUACUGGUAACACUGUUUUUAGAGUGGAAUUGAAUACGGGGUCAAAUCUUCCCGCAUCUUUUAAUAUUUUUACUGUUUUUUAGAAACAAAAGGGCCAAAAAUAUUUUUGAGCUUGUGGACCAAUAUUUUUCAGGCCCUACCCUGGUUCUGGUUCUGUUAGGCCGAUAUGAACCACUUAAUCCCAUCACAAACUCACAACAUCGUCAUUGACACUGUUUUUAUCUUCUUUGUUUUAGGCAUCUUGUGUGGAGUACAUAAUAAUGAUGAGUGAUAAUUUGUCCGGGAUGUUCCCAAACACAUCCUUAUAUAUCAGUGGACUAUCUCUAGAUUCUAAACAAGUUUUCGCCAUUACCACUACUCUAAUUGUUCUGCCCACUGUCUGGCUCAGAGACCUUAGCUUAUUGUCCUAUCUCUCAGGUUCAUCUCUCCUAUUUUACACAAACAUACUUCAGAUUUGAUCUUCUUAGUUCUAAGAGAUGUAAUUUUUUUUUUCUUAGCGGGAGGUGUCUUCUCUUCAAUCUUGCUUGCACUCUGCCUCUUUUGGGCUGGCUCUGUCGGUAGAGUUGGAUUUCACCUGAGUGGAAAAGCUCUCGAUUUAACGAACUUGCCCGUUGCAAUCGAAAUUUAUGGGUUCGAUUUUGGAAGUCAUUCUGUUUUCCCCAACAUUUACUCAUCCAUGAAAGGGCCUUCCAAGUUUCCUCUUGUGCUUCUCAUCAGGUAAUAAAACACCUGCUUGUAACGCAAGAAACCUUUAGGUCAUAUAUCAUUAAAUAUUAAUCUUUGCUUUAUACAGUUUUGCGUUUUGCACGUUAUUUUACAUCGCUGUAGCGGUUUGUGGAUACACGAUGUUUGGUGACGCGAUUCAAUCCCAGUUCACACUGAACAUACCUCAACAUUUCACCUCAUCUAAAAUCGCAGCAUGGACAGCGGUCGUUACGCCAAUGAAGAAAUACGCUUUAACCAUCACUCCAGUCGUGCUAAGCCUCGAAUAACUCAUACCAUCCUCGUCAAGAUAAAGAUGAGAUCCAAAGGUGUCUCUAUGCUUUUUAGAUCCGUAUUAGUUCUCUCCACUUUGGUUGUUGCACUCACAGUUCCAUUCUUCGGUAAGCUCUUUAUCUCUAUCACUCUCCCAUUAGCCUAGCUUCUUUCUUAAGAAACCCAUUUCUUAAAAAAAAUUACACGUUACUUACCUCGUAUAAUUAAAAACGUUAAUUACAGCUACUGUCGCGGCUCUGAUCUUUCAUCGCAAUGCUUAUAGUAAGUUUCCAAAAAAACAAAUCAAUCUAUUUAGUAAUUAUCGAUGAAAGCACGUUUUUGACGAUUUUGGUUUUCGUCUUCUCAGGCGUUAAUAUUCCCGUGUCUAUGCUAUAUGAGUAUUAUGAAGGGUAGAUUAAGUAACUCUCAAGUAAGGACACAAUUAGAUCUUCAAAUUUUCUCUAUUUUCAAUGUUCACAUAAAAUUUUGACUGAAAAAAAUUGUUUUGGUUCUCAGAUUGGAAUUUGUAUUUUCAUCGUCAUUAUCGGCGUUGUGAGCGGUUGUUGUGGAACUUGCUCUGCAAUCGCUAGAUUAAUUGGCGAAAUGGCCUAAACGGUUAUACUCUUUCUCGAGAAACUUCAUCAAAGAACAGCAAGGAAUACAGGAUGGGAUACCUUCACUAGAAUAAAACGAAUUUUUGCCAACUUUUAAAGAUUUCUUUUGCGAUUUUAUUUUAUUAUAAUAAUUUAAGUACUCUAUGAUCGAGUGCUAUAUAUAUAUGAUAUAAUCAUACAUCGCUUUAGUUUUUGUUUAUAUUAAUAUCAGUUUGUGUCAUGCAUCUAUUUUAAUAUUUGCUUGUGUAUUUGUGGAAAAUGGAGAGGAUGUUUUGAAGUUAAA